CCUCGCAGGCCUCCUUCCCGCCCCCCUCUCCUUCCUUCCUGCGCCGCGCUCUCGCCAAGCCUCCGCUGUUUAAAUGGGCCAAGUUGAGAAGCGGCGGAGAGUGCAAAUCUUGUUUGGUCUGGGUCUGUGAACUUCAGCGUGACUUCAGCAACACCCAGCAGUCUGAAUCUCAACAACUCUUUCUAAACUUACAGCGGCAUUAAUGACGCAAAAAAAAAAUUUCUCAGUUUGAGUUUGGUUUCUGAUUGAAAACGUGUGGCAAUGUGGUUUAUUUAAUUUUUAUUUAAUUUUUUUUUAUUUUUUUAUUUUUUAGAUCAGCUGUGAAACUGAAUACUGGUCAUAUAUAUAACUCCCUACUUGCCCUUGGAAGUAAUUGGUCUGGCUUUAUUUAAAUUUCGCCUCAUUAUAAUCAUAAUUAAAAAAAAAUCUUUUAAUUUUUACCCAAAUGUGAUAGGACGAGUCACUCUGAGCAGUGGUGAUCUAACCUAAUGUAAGUGGCUCAGGGCUUCCCAGCAUGUCAGGUAUUAGCAGAGCGAGCGAGAUUAAAUGUGGGAGGUAGGAGAGCUGCGACGCUGCCGCUGCGAGCUGGAAACUACUGAAUGGGAAUCUAUCCGGCAACUUCAGCAGACCGCUCUCUCACGGCGACACGGGGGCUCCUCUGCGUAAAACCGAGCGGCGCGUCUUCCAGUCUGGCUCAGCCCCGCUUGCACGCCAGGAGGACGCUCAAGUUGGAUCGGGCGCGCAGCUUCUCACUCGUUCCCGGCGCUCGGCUCCCACUAACAUGCCUGCCAUCAAGAAGGAGCGGCUGGAUGGAGACGACAUGGCUCUGACCGCCUUCAACCAGUCCGAAUACCUGGCCCCUUUAAAUGCCACCGCCAUCCCCGUGGUGACCCCGCACCCGCCGCCCUACGAGCACAUUUUCGCCCAUCACCGCGCGUACUUGGGGCUCCACGACUCGGCGCUGCAUCACCAGCACCUCCACCACCACACGGACGACUUGAUGCUGGAGAGGUUCUCCUCCAUCCCGGACUUUCAGCCCUUCUUCGACAACGGGGAGCCGUGCAUCGAGGUGGAGUGCGGCGAGAACAAGGCUUUGCUUUAUAUCAACAAACUGUGUCAGGGCAGUAAGGGACCCUCGAUAAAAUACAGGGGCGAGUGGCUCACCCCCAACGAGUUCCAGUUUGUUAGUGGACGGGAGACUGCCAAAGACUGGAAGCGGAGCAUUAGACACAAAGGAAAAAGUCUCAAGACUCUCAUGUCCAAAGGAAUCUUACAGGUGCACCCUCCGAUUUGUGACUGUCCUGGCUGCCGGAUUUCGUCUCCAGUGAACCGCGGGCGCUUGGCAGAGAAGCGCACCAUCCCUCUUCCGCCCAACCGGGUGCCCAAGAAGGAACUGGCUUCAAUUUUCAGCAGUGACGACAGCGAAGGCAGCGAGCGGGCCAGCGGGGAUCAUGCCCACAUCAAGCAGGAGGAGGAUUUGCAUUACAAUAUCAUGAGAAAAAGUCGGGACGGUGACCUCUCUACAAUUAUCUCCAACCUGCACCACACCAGACAGCACGGUAUGCCCGAGGAGCAGUCAGCCUCUGACCACAGCACCAGUACUCGACACACAGGUAGGAAACCCACAAUCUUCCUUCUCUCCUGCUUCUUUCCUCUUCUAAAAGUCCCCCUCUCUCUGCCUUCGCAUUUAGCUCUAUGAUAGAUGCCGCCUUUU